CUCUUCUUCUUCCCGUUGCAGCCGAACAAAGCCCCUAAGCUGCUGGCGACUUCCUCCCUUGAAAAAUCGGUAAAGCUUGAUGAUUUUCCCUUAUUUUCUUGUCCAAGAACCUGAUUUGGAACCCAAAAAUCCUUCCCCCCAUCUACAGAAUUUCGGAUCUGCCUUGCUCUGCUCCUCACCGUCUGGCUGCUCCUGCUUUCUGACCGCCGGCCUCUUCCCCCCUGCAGCUCCAGUUUCUACAACUGGAGAAUUAUGGUUCUUGAUCGUUCUGUCAGUUAGCAUUGAGAUUGAGUGCUCGAUUUUAUGCGAGUGAGGUAAGUAAAUUUAUGGUAAUGCCCGUACUGUUUUUAAAAGAAUGUUUUGAUUUGUUUUUGAAGUGGUGGCGGGACUAAACCCGUUUUACACAAGUAUGACUGAUUUUGAAGUGAAAUGUUUUAUGCUUUUCACUAAAUUGAGCAUGCCUACUUGAAAUUUAAGUGAUUGUCCUGAUGAUCUGAAAGUGACUUGAAAGUGAUUGUGAAUUGUGAUUUUUCUGUUAAAAUCUUGCCUGGUUUUGUCUCCGAUAUGGUCAUGUAUUCGUGUGCCCGCUAGUGGGAGGUUUAUAAACGCUAGCACAUGUCAACAUGUUACUGAUAGAACCGAUUCGUUCAAGUGGCCCUGCUAGUGGGGAUUAUACACUAGUAAAUCGUGUGCUUGUCAGUGGGAGGUUUAUAACACUGGCCGUGACCUAUAGAGGAGACAUCUAUUUCGUGCUCGUACUGUAUCUGUUUUCGUGAUUGUACUUGCUGGCAUGCUUUAAGUUUGAUAAGGGGCACUCCAUAUUUACUUAAUGAGUUUAUCUCAUAGUUUUUCCUUGUCCACCAUUUGAGGAAGUGAAACCGAGGACGAGGAAACCACGGGAAGUGACGAGUUAGAAAGCUAGCCAUUUCGAGAUUGAUAUAGAUUUUUAGAAAUAAAUCAUGAUCUUGUAA